CGUAUCGUCUGCAUCGCCGACACUCACAACAACCACGACCGACUUCCACCGUUACCGCCGGGAGACAUUCUCAUCCACGCCGGAGAUCUCACUCAGUCGGGCACUGAACGUGAGGCCCAUGCCGCCCUCGCGUGGUUAAGUUCUGCCCCGCAUGCCCACAAGGUGUUCAUUGCCGGGAACCACGACGAUGCGUUUGCUGUUCCCCAGACCCGCAACGCUAUCCUAGCAACAUACCCCGACCUCAUCUAUCUCGAGGAUUCCUCGGCUACGCUCACGGUGCAUAACCGCCAGUUAAACCUGUACGGGAGCCCGCGCACACCAAAACGGGGCACGGGGGUAUUCCAGUACUCACCCGGCGAAGGCGCGUGGACUCGCAUCCCAGCAGGCACCGACAUCCUGAUCACCCACGGUCCCCCGAAGUCGCACCUGGACCUGCGCGGACACGGGUGCGAACAGCUGCGCCAGGCGCUGUGGGGCGUCCGCCCGCCCCUGCACAUCUUCGGACACAUCCAUGGCGGACGCGGGAUGGGGUAUGCGAACUGGUCUCCGUUCCAGAAUGCGUACGAGCGCGUGUGUGACACGAGGACGGGAUGGGUGCCAAUGGUGCGGGUG